AUGAAAAUAUUUAUGUUUUUGGUUUUAAUAAUGGCCGUAGCUGGCCAAACCGUGGAUGCUCAUAAUGUUCAGCUAUCGCAAACUCAAAAAGACAAAGUACAACAGUUUACAGUAGAAUGCCAAAAAGAAACUGGUGUGAAGCCAGACCUUUUGGUAGAAGCAAAAAAAGGCAAAUUCAAUGAUGACGAUGCACUAAAAAAGUUCACCCUAUGCUUCUUCAAGAAGACCGGUAUAGUUGAUAGCCAAGGAAAGUUGAAUGUCGAGACAGCUUUAUCAAAAUUACCUGAAGGUGUUGAUAAAGCAGACGCGAAGAAGUUAUUAGAAGAAUGCAGAAAGAAGACUGGUAAAGAUGCCGCAGAUACUGCUUUUGAAAUAUUGAAGUGUUAUUCUCAUGGCACUAAGACACAUGUUUUAUUUUAA